UACUCAAGCCAUCUGUAUUCUAUUUAUAAUAGAUGUUAUAUUAUAGUUCGUGUUAAUAGUUUUGCUUUUGAAGUUUUUUAUUGUUAACAGAAAUGAUAACAGCCAAGAGGUCGAAGAGCAAGGUGUCGAAAACUUCGGUGGCCAUGAUGAAAAGGAAAUGUAUUAAGACGAGCUUAUCUUCUAGAAACAGGUUCCGGUUUUUUAUCCGGAAGCUGAUCCAAAAUCUUUACUGGAUGACAGACACGACUGAUGUCCCAUUGGGGAACAAUCCGGAUGUCAACGCGUACAUUUUAUCCCACAAAAGACGAGACAAGCAGCUCAUAUCGCUUGCAGACAAAGUCGUUUUGAGAAGACCACCAGAAUCGAGGACAGAAGAGGAGUUGACUUCGAUCCGCAACAAGCUGGUGCCUUUUAAAGCUUUCAGGAAUUAUUCAGAUAAAGUGAGGCACGAUUUGCUCCAGAAGGCCAUAUUCAUAUACUACAAGCCUAGGAAGGUGUUAGUCAGACAAGGGCAGAGGGCCAUGUAUGUCUACUACAUAUUAUCUGGAUCGGUCCAGGUCGAAAUGGAUGUGGAAGACUCGUUCUUCACCAAGGGAAAUGUCAAGACGACGUAUGAACUCAACGCAGGGGAUACUUUCGGCGAAAUCGCAGUACUCUACGACGAGCCUCACACAACGACAUAUACCGUCGGGAAAUGUGACGGUUUGGAGGUUUUAGUCUUGAGUGCGAACGAUUACAAGCUUAUUCUCGAAAGCUCAGUCCAGAAGAAGUGGAGUAGGGUGAGGUGGGCUAUGAAGAAAUUCUCCUGUUUCGACAAAUUUGGCGAGAUGACCCUCAGGUUCUUCUGUUGCGGUGGAGAAAUACUAACAUACAGGCCGAACAACAACAUCCCAGUACGGGACAGUUUAAACAGAGACAUUUCAACGUUUAUAAUCGAUGGGUCGUGCAGGGUCAUCCAAAAAAUUAUGGUCACCAAGUGCCCUCCCUCUUCAAAGGUCAGGUAUGCUCUCGAAAAGAAUCAGGACGCCGACAAGGUUAAAGAGGGCAAAUCGAUCUACAUGCAGACUUGCUUGUUAAAAAGGGGAGCGGUUUUUGGGCUGGGAGAGGGCAUGUCCAAGCACAUGGUAAUAGCUGUUACGGAAGUUCUGGUUCUCGCGAUACCUAGGUAUGUGCUGAUGAAGCACGACGUGGCCAGAAUUUGGACUCAAGCCGCAUUGAACAUGGACAUCUGGUAUCCCAGCGAAGAAGAAGUAUUCAAAAAUUUUCUCCAAGGUCGGAACUGGUCGAUCUACAAGAAAAAACUGUUAAACAAUAAUUGGAAUAAGAAAAGGACAACCGAAAUGACCAUCCACGACACACCACUCUCGGUGCGCGCCAGAGAAAUCAUACUCUGCGACUCUUUGUACUCCAAAACAAUCCAAGAGCCAGACUACCUCUUCGUGGAAAUAAACGAGGACGAACGGAACUGGACCGUAAAACCACAAAAAUCUAACACGAGGCUUCAGUUUUCCAUGGGAAAGAAAGGAUUUUGGGAAAGAGAGGAAAGCGAAAGACAAGUGCAUAGAUGAAAAUAAAUAUUGUUUUA